UGAAAUAUGGCAGUGCACAACCAUCCAGGGUUGUAUUUGAUGGAGGAGAAGUGGAAGAUUUGAAGGAGGUGGUCAAGAAGAGACUAUCACCCAGGUUAAAUGAAACUGCCCUUGACCAGAUUACCCUCUGCAAACAUGGUGAUGAGGCUGACCUAGAACCAGGUACUAAAGUGGAUUUGAGUUUCCAAAAUACUGACAAAAACCCACUUCAAGUUAUAGUUAUAGUGCCAGAAGAGGAACACAAAGAGCAAGUUACAUUUGCAGCACCAAAGAAACGGAAGUGGACAGGUGAAUUUGUAGCACUAUAUGGGCCACAAGCCUCAGGAAAGUCUACAUGGGUGCUUGCAGUUCAGGACCAGUUGCAAAACGAAGGAUUUGUUUGCAUUUAUGCAUCUUUUGAGCAUGUUGAGGUCAAGGGGGGUAUAGACACCUUCUGGCAGACACUUGGUAUGGCUCUCUUUUGCAAUGCUCAUGGGAACAGCAUUUCCAUUUUAGAAAUCGAUUCUGCACAGGGUUUUCUCAAAGCAUUUCAGCGCAAUCAGUGGGAGCACAAUGUUAUUCUCCUCUUCAAUGAGUUUGAUGAGAUGUACACUGCAACGGAUGUUGUUCUCUCCUCAUGUCUGAAAAUCAUUCGUGGUAUCAAAAACGACAAAAACUCCUUUGCUGUCUUUUCUGUUGUUGCCAUUGGUUCAUUUAGUAUUUUAUUUCUAAAUUCGAAAGAGUUGACUACAUCACCUUUCAAUGUCAAGGCACCCUUUCAAAACCCAAAUUUUACUCGAAAACAAGUACAAACAUUAUACAAAGAAUUUAUGAAAGAAGAAUGUAUAACCAUUGACCCAGAAAUUAUUGAGGACAUAUAUAUGCAGACAAAUGGGUAUGCGACUAGAUUUCCAUGA